AGCGGUAGAAAUAUCGUUGUUGGUUGUGGGCGCGGUUAUGGGUGGGCGGUGAAUGGAAAGGCGUAAAAUGAUGGCUGUGGGAUGACAAGUUGCUGGCAAUGCGGACCAUUGACUUCUGAUGGCAGGGUCACCUGGCUGUACAUCAGGGGCACCAUGCCAUUGCUCGGAGCCAAGGCAGGAUGUCAAGGAUAUGAGUUUUACUGAUGAGAGCUCAGCCUUUGGUGACCACUUGGCUACAGUUGUGCAUUCAACUCCUUUGCAACCUAUCUGGAAAUUUACCUCAGAUCUCAAGACUGUGAAAAGGAGGCUAGACUUGGACUCGUCUCAUGAGGAUGUGGUGUUUAAAACCCCAAAGAAAACUCCAACUCAAAGAAGAACAAGAUAUUUUUCUGAGGAUCACCCCUCACCGGUGUCAGAACGAUCCGGCACGCCGACCGGGCUGUCGACCUCAGCCGAGAAGUCGCGCCAGGACACCUCGCUCGGCCUGCUGACGCGCCGCUUCGUGGACCUGACCCGCGGCGCGCCACACGGCGAGGUCGACCUCAACCGCGCCUCCGACCUGCUGCAGGUCCCGAAGCGGCGCAUUUACGACAUCACCAACGUGCUCGAGGGCGUAGGCCUGCUGGAGAAGCGGUCCAAGAAUCAAGUGCGCCUGGCGUCGGGCGUGCCUGGGCCGGCCGAGCGCGCGGCGGUCAGCCGCGAGCGCCAGCUGGACGCGCUGAUCGCGACCGCGACCGAGCGGCUGCGGCAGCUCGGCCGGCAGCCGGCCUACGUGCGCUACCAGGACUUGCGCGGCUUGCCCCAGCUGCGCGACCAGACGGUGGUAGCAGUGCGCGCGCCCGACGACACCGUGCUGCGCGUGCCCGACCCGGCCCGGGAGGGCGUGUACCAGCUGCACGUGCGAUCGGACUCGGGCGAGAUCCAGCUGCUGCUUUGUCAGGACGACCCACGCCCAGCCGACGGGGCGGACGACUCGGCGCUGGCCCCGGACCACACCCACAUGACGUCUCCCGGUAGCCGGGCCACACCCACCUGA